AUGCCUACUGAUCAGAUUCGUAUCCUUUUUGACGAGGCUGAGGUAUUCAUUUAUCCCGUUGAUGCACGAAAAUGUCCAGUCCGGUAUGACAUGCCUUCUCUUCAGGCUCUGGAACGGCGUCUACGCCACUUAACGACACAGUCGCUUUUCAUUCGAGGUUUGAUUCCUGUCGAAUCCUCGCCAGUGCUUCGAUCGCUACUUUCACUCGCUUUACGACCGCAGCAAAUUUAUUUCAUUUGGAGCAAAUUCAGUCCAGCCAGUAUACCAAUGCUUGAAAAUUUCUUCCGAGCAAAUCGAGACUCCGUUGUGGAUAUUGGUCUAGAAGAAUGCUCACCGCCUAAUCUCUUCACUGAUAAGCUCCUGGAGACGCUGCUGCCAGGUUUGACAUGUGUUCGCCUAUGGAAUAAUGGCAAAGCAGGGAAUUAUGCCGUUUCCGAUGUGACCAUCUAUAAGUUAGCCGAUGCGAUUACCGAUGGAUAUCCAGUCGAAACAGUGGAUUUGGCCAGUUGUGGACUGACAGAGGCCUCACUUACGGCCCUGAUUCUUGCUUGGACUAAGCAACCACAGUCAGAUCUUUGUAUUUCACUAAAUUAUUGCCCUUUUCUAAACAAGAUCUCACUACUGGAAUCGCUUGCUUCUCAUAGCAUUUUCCUUGUUGAGGGUAAACUCCGUCGAAACGGACAUUCGUUGACCUUAUUUUGCUGA